UCUUGUCCUCUUUACUUUCAUCACUUGUCUUUUUCCCAACUCUGCUUUUUUUCUUAAUUUUGACUUUCAGCAUUGUCUUUGUCUCCUCCUUCUCUCUUCCUUUUCUCUCCAUCUUGCUCAUCAUGGAGGCAGUGGCUGAAAGGCAGCCUUCAAUGUAACUCAUUGGCCGUCACGCUGCUCCAUUUAUGCGCUCCAUCCUCUCUCUUCUGCGCUAUUGUGCACUGCACUGCUUCUCUCUCUCCUUUUCUCACCCCUCUCCUCCCUCUCUCUCAUCCUUUCUCUACCUGCAUCCCUCUCACACUGCACGCUCUUAUCUCUUGAGUGCGUUCCUCAGCUGUGCUCCACUUGGGGGAAAUACCGCACACUCUUGUUUUUGUCUUGGGCGGAAGUGGAAAUUAAUGCUCCUGGUUUUCCAGCCUUUUCUCGGACUCUGUGGAUCUGUGUGGGCCUGAGGAGGGAGUGAGGGUAGGAAGGGAGGGUGUUGAGAGGGACCAAAAAGCUGCUCAAGUGGGCGCUUCUUCUGGGCUUCUUCUUCAAGCGGUGAUUGUGGUUGAUGGUUGCGCCUGAAGGGUCAUGCACUGGGACUUGUGCGCUUUACGGUGCUUGGAGUUGGAGAUCUUCUCCCAUUUUUGCCCCCCCUGGUGGGGCAACCUUGAGCCUGGUGCCGGGGGAAGCUUCCAGGCACCGGUGGCUGCACCGUGAAGAGCGGGCACCAUGAACCAACUGGAUGCGCCACGGCCACUCAACUGGACUAUCAGAAAACUGUGCCAUGCAGCCUUCCUGCCAUCUGUACGCCUCCUCAAGGCACAGAAAUCAUGGAUAGAGAGAGCGUUCAGCAAGAGAGAAUGUGUUCAUAUCAUCGUGAGCUCCAAAGACCCCCAUAGGUGCUGUUGCGGUCGUCUGAUAGGUCAGCAUGUGGGCCUGCCCCCGGGCAUCUCAUCUGGUCAGAAUGAUAAGGCAGAACGAUUGGCCAAAAAUGACAGUCUGUCUGAGAAGUGGUCCAUCAGCAAACACACUCAGCUCAGCCCCACCGAUGCAUUCGGCACCAUUGAGUUCCAGGGGGGAGGACACUCCAACAAAGCCAUGUACGUACGAGUGUCUUAUGACACCAAGCCAGACCUUCUACUGCAUCUGAUGACUAAAGAGUGGCAGCUGGAACUGCCCAAGCUGCUCAUCUCAGUCCACGGGGGCCUGCAGAACUUUGAAUUGCAACCUAAACUCAAGCAGGUCUUUGGCAAAGGGCUCAUCAAGGCUGCCAUGACAACUGGAGCCUGGAUCUUCACCGGAGGGGUCAACACAGGGGUCAUUCGCCAUGUUGGUGAUGCACUGAAGGACCACGCCUCCAAGUCCAGGGGAAAGAUCUGCACUAUUGGCAUUGCUCCCUGGGGCAUCGUGGAAAAUCAGGAGGAUCUUGUGGGAAAAGAUGUGGUGCGUCCGUACCAAACAAUGUCCAACCCCAUGAGCAAGUUGACCGUUCUUAACAGUCUCCACUCGCACUUCAUCCUGGCAGACAACGGCACCACCGGAAAGUACGGCGCUGAGGUCAAAUUGCGACGGCAGUUAGAGAAACACAUCUCCUUACAGAAGAUCAACACACGUAUUGGCCAGGGUGUGCCAGUGGUGGCUCUCAUUGUGGAAGGAGGGCCCAAUGUGAUCUCCAUAGUGCUGGAGUACCUCAGGGACACCCCCCCAGUACCUGUAGUGGUGUGUGAUGGUAGCGGAAGAGCCUCGGACAUCUUGGCGUUUGGUCACAAGUACUCUGAGGAGGGAGGCAUAAUUAACGAGUCUCUGCGAGACCAGUUGCUGGUGACCAUCCAGAAAACAUUCACCUACAGUCGCACACAGGCUCAACAUCUGUUCAUCAUUCUCAUGGAGUGCAUGAAGAAGAAGGAGCUGAUAACAGUCUUUCGGAUGGGCUCAGAAGGUCAUCAGGACAUUGACCUUGCCAUCCUGACUGCACUACUCAAAGGUGCCAACGCUUCAGCUCCUGACCAGUUGAGUUUGGCUCUCGCGUGGAACAGAGUUGACAUUGCCCGCAGUCAAAUCUUCAUCUAUGGGCAGCAGUGGCCUGUUGGUUCCCUGGAGCAAGCCAUGCUGGAUGCCUUAGUUCUGGACCGAGUGGACUUUGUCAAGCUGCUGAUUGAAAAUGGAGUCAGCAUGCACCGGUUCCUCACCUUGUCCAGGCUGGAGGAGCUAUACAACACGAGGCACGGCCCAUCCAACACGCUGUACCACCUUGUCAGGGAUGUCAAAAAGGGAAACCUGCCCCCAGACUACCGCAUCAGCCUCAUCGACAUCGGAUUGGUCAUUGAAUACCUCAUGGGCGGGGCCUAUCGUUGUAACUACACCAGGAAGAGAUUCAGGACUCUGUACCACAACCUUUUUGGACCAAAGAGGCCCAAAGCCUUGAAACUGCUGGGGAUGGAGGAUGACAUGCCAAUCCGAAGGGGCCGGCAAAAAACGACACGCAAGAGAGAGGAGGAGGUGGACAUCGAUUUGGACGACCCAGAAAUUAACCACUUCCCUUUUCCCUUCCACGAGCUGAUGGUAUGGGCCGUCCUGCUGAAACGUCAGAAGAUGGCACUGUUCUUUUGGCAGCACGGCGAAGAGGCCAUGGCCAAAGCCUUGGUAGCAUGCAAACUGUGUAAGGCCAUGGCCCACGAAGCGUCCGAGAAUGACAUGGUGGACGACAUCUCACAGGAGCUGAACCACAACUCCAGAGAGUUUGGCCAGCUGGCAGUGGAACUUCUGGACCAGUCCUAUAAACAGGAUGAGCAGAUGGCCAUGAAACUCCUGACAUAUGAGCUGAAGAACUGGAGCAACGCCACCUGCCUGCAGCUGGCGGUAGCGGCCAAGCAUCGGGAUUUCAUUGCGCACACCUGCAGUCAGAUGCUGCUGACAGACAUGUGGAUGGGACGACUGCGUAUGCGCAAGAACUCUGGACUGAAGGUUAUCUUGGGUCUGCUCUUGCCGCCGUCCAUCCUGAGCCUGGAGUUCAAGAACAAGGACGAGAUGUCUUACAUGCCCCAGGAUCAGGAGGCCUAUUUGCAGGAAAAGGAGGAAGAGGAGCCGGAGAAGCCGGUCAAGGAGAAAGAGGAGGAAGACAUGGAGUUCACAGUAAGAUCUUACUGUGAGGCGCAGUACAACUCCGUGGCGAUGCUGGGAAAGGUAACCACAGAGACAUCCAGGAAGAAGGAUGUCGAGGAGGUUCAGAACCGCCAUCGCCUCAUCCCCAUGGGACGCAAGAUCUACGAGUUUUACAACGCUCCAAUCGUCAAGUUCUGGUUCCAUACGAUGGCCUACGUAGGCUACCUAAUGUUGUUCAACUACAUUGUCCUGGUCAAGAUGGACCUGUGGCCUUCCCCUCAAGAGUGGAUCGUCAUCGCUUACAUCUUCACCAACGGCAUUGAGAAGAUGAGGGAGAUCCUUAUGUCAGAGCCAGGAAAGUUGUUACAGAAGGUCAAGGUGUGGCUUCAGGAGUAUUGGAACAUCACAGACCUCAUGGCCAUCCUCAUAUUUUCUGUCGGCAUGGUUCUGCGUCUCCAGGAGCCCCCGCUCAUGAGCUAUGGACGGGUCAUCUAUUGUGUCAACAUCAUCUACUGGUACAUCCGGCUGCUCGACAUCUUUGGUGUCAACAAGUACCUGGGUCCCUAUGUCAUGAUGAUUGGCAAGAUGAUGAUCGACAUGAUGUACUUUGUGAUCAUCAUGUUGGUGGUGCUCAUGAGCUUUGGGGUGGCACGGCAGGCCAUCCUCAACCCCAAUGAAGAUCCAUCUUGGAUGCUGGCAAGGAACAUCUUCUUCAUGCCUUACUGGAUGAUCUACGGAGAAGUGUUUGCUGACCAGAUUGACCAUAUGCAUAGUAGGAAGUUACAGCAAAGGCUGAAUGAAAAACUCUGGCUGGUCGAAAAUUACUUACGAACACACGGAACCUGGCGUAGUAGUGGUCCAUCCCACAUUGCCCAGUGCAGUCAAAAUCCCACGCCCUGUGGACAGAACAUCACCACAGAGGAUGGCGUGGUGGUGGCUUUGCCUCCAUGUAAGACGGGCGCCUGGAUUGUUCCCGCCAUCAUGGCUUGUUACCUGCUGGUGGCCAACAUACUGCUUGUCAAUCUACUCAUCGCUGUGUUCAACAAUACGUUCUUCGAGGUGAAGUCCAUCUCCAAUCAGGUUUGGAAGUUUCAGCGUUACCAGCUCAUCAUGACCUUCCACGAGCGCCCGGUGCUUCCUCCACCACUCAUCAUCUUCAGUCACAUAACCAUGGUGCUCAAACACCUGUGUUGCCGCUGGCGCAAGCAUGACGACGACGAGAGGGACUAUGGACUGAAGCUUUUUAUCACCGAAGACGAGCUGAAGAAAGUCCACGACUUUGAGGAGCAGUGCAUAGAAGAAUAUUUCAGAGAGAAAGAUGACCGAUUCCACUCUUCUAAUGACGAGAGGAUCAGAGUCACUUCUGAAAGGGUGGAGAACAUGGCAAUGCGUCUUGAGGAAGUCAACGAAAGAGAACACUUCAUGAAGGCCUCACUGCAGACGGUUGACAUCCGCCUGGCGCAAAUGGAAGAGCUGAUUGGACGAAUCGCCGUGGCUCUAGAGCGUGUGACGGGGGUGGAACGCGGGGAAGUCAACAAAGUCCGAUCCCGGACUUCAUCUGACUGUACAGACUCUGCAUACAUCCUCCGCCAAGGGGACUGCGCAGACACAGCCUACAUACUUCGCCAAAGCAGCUUCAACAGCACUGAGGGGAAUGCGUACCGUUUGCAGGAGGCGCUCGAGGGCACCGCUGAAGGUUCCAUGUCCCCUCCCUCUCCCACCAGCAUGGCAACACGGACAAGAAGCCAUUCAUUUUACACCGCAGGUGGUCGAGGUGGUGAACGUGCGAGUGGUGCUGAAAGAGCUGAUAGUUUCUUCAAAGAACGCUCGCUUAGUCUCCAUCGAGCCAACAGCUCACAAUCUGUGUCAUCAGCAGCCGCCACCAAAGAGUCUAAGCCCCUCCCCCUGGCGACGUUGUCUGUCUCCCAGCAGCACCGUCCGUCAUCAUGCAUUGAUAUCUAUGUGUCCACUUCUGAAGAGGUGGGGCCCUCGGAGGUUUUUCUAGAUCCUCUGCGUGUGGUCCCACCGCUCCAGAGAGAGGUUUCGUUGCAUUCUGACACCAUCGAGACAGUGCUGCCGGGAGGCCGGGACUUCAGCAGCGCCAUCACCAGCGGUAUGGGUGACAGGCACUCGGAGGGCGGUGCAGGCAACAGCGGGACCGUCGGAGCCCUGUUUGAUGAUAGCGCGGCGGCUGAUUUGACAUUGUGUUCAUCUCACCUGCUACCAGACACCACCUUAGCCCCUUGGGACGUGGAACCAUCGCCGCCCCCCUCCGCAGGGCCACUUGAACGCUCAAAGAGCAGCCGCCUCCUCUCGACGGUGGGCACAUCUUUCCUGGAAGAGCCUCCUUUGGUCAAGUCCCACAGCCUCAUGUUCACACCCAGAAGCUGCUAUGGCGGACUGGGGGCAGGCGUCCAGGUAAAAGCCGCAGAGUACACCAGCAUCACCGACUGCAUCGACACACGAUGUGUGUCAUCGCCGUACACCCCCGUAGAACGCUCACACUCCCCUGGAGGAUCCACAUCAUUCCCCUUUGAUAAGCCUGCAGACAUUGGCUCCUCUCAUCCAGAGAGAGAGGCCGAGCUCAGUCACACGGAGUCAGAUCCGGAGGACCCAGAAGACCUGAUCCCAGCACCUGAUACCCCUCGUUUGGGGACCCUCAGUGGACCCGGCGGGGCCCCUCUCUGCUCCCCCUUCUCCAGGCUGGAGCGAGCAAACAGCUGCUCUUCAGACGACUCCCAUCCUUCGCUCACGCUGGCCCCUCCGCAUAGGAAGAGCCUGUCGGUGAGUGAGAGGAUGGAGAGGGGACCGGGUCUGGGGGCAGACAGGGGGCCUGGUCCUGGGGGGCGGGGUCUGGCGGGAACCAGAAACCCCUUCCUCAGGACCAAGACCGGGGCACGACCUGACACAGGCAAGGCUGACAGCCUCUCUAUGAGGAAGCUGGCCGCUCCAUCAGCAUUCCGGAGCUUUGAUAGACAGAACUACACGUGACAAGACACACACUCACGCAUACAUACACACACACACUGGAAAGACCAGAGAAGAGGAGUGCAAAGGGAAAGCAUGCAAGCGGGGUGAUUCUUGCCCUUAGGUUUCAGUCUGAAUCAGAGCUGCAGUGCGUUUGGGAUCAGGUACUGGAGUGUGUGAGCAGGUCCUUCAGUACACCAAAACAAAGAGCUAUUUAGAUUUAGAUUUAGAUUUCACCCCCUCUUCUCUUGUGGCUAAUUUACUCACUUUCAGUGGAAGCUGUGUUUAUGCCGUAUGUCUUCCACCCUCCAUCUUUACAUCAUCUUUGUCUUUGUCUUUGUCUAAGUCAGACCUGUGCAAGAAAGAAACUGAAACUGCAAAUGUACGACAAAGAUAAGGAAGUAAAUUUAACAGAAAACUUAAAACAACUAACAGAGCGAUGUUGCUGCUUCAUUUUUAAAUCAUUAUGGACACCUCCAGCACUAUGUAGUUGGCAUGGCAACCACUAACUGUCCAUCCAUUCAUCCAUUCACUUAUCCUGUUCAUUCAGGUUGACUGCAUAGGCAUAUGCAAUGGAUUGAUAGCAGCCAAUUAACAAGGUGUUUAAGUAGGAAUUGAAGUCAGCUACUGCGAUUGGCUGGCAACCAGUCCAGGGUGUACCCCGCCUGUCGGCCGAAGUCAGCUGAGAUAGGCUCCAGCAUGCCCCCACAACCCUCAAGAGGAGAAACGGUAUAGAAAAUGGAUGGAUGGAUGGAUGAAGUCAGCUAUGUAAACUGUUACACAUAACUUUCCUCAAUGCACCAUCUAACGUAGUUCACGUUUAUUUGUUCUGUCAACCCAGCGAGAAACAAAGCAGUUUAUACACUCUGCAGUCAAAAGGUGACAACUUUACGACACGCAAUGUGUCAAGUUGCACCUGACAGCAAUGCCUAUGUUGCGAUUCAAGCAGUAAACACAAGGUCAAAUGGCCACGUGACAAGACAGAAAAAUAAGCACCGAGAUUGGUUGACUUUGAAGCUAGUGAAGAGCGACAGAAGACAACUUACAUACAAGUAUAAACAAAUACAGCCCACCUUCAACCAAAGAAUAGUUGUUGCUUUGUUGUCUGGCCCCUCAGCAUUCAGGAUUUGACAUUCAGGUUUUACAUUCACUUUUUUAUAAUGGAUCUGCCUUCCAUCAUUGUCAAAAUGUCAUUCAUUUGCUUUUAUUCAAGCAUGCAAUAAUGAGUUGACAGAGCCCAAGGUCAAAUUUCACCCACUGUUACACACUUUCCAGUAAAUUGCCUUUCAGAAGAAAACAGUUCAGUUUUGAACUGGCGGUUUAUUAUUGAGUUCAUAGUUUGCACCAGACCAGUACUGUGCAAAAGUCCACAACAGGCUUUGUUAUUCGAGUGAACUUUCUCACAGAAGGCAUUUUAAAACAGUAGAUAUACAGAUUAUGCAAAAAGACAUAUAUACAAAACCAAUUUUUAUCAAGCUUUGUAGAAAGGUGGUGCAUGAGCCAAGGAAGAACCCUUUAAAUUCCAGUGAAGAUCAGUAUAAAGGUGCAGAUGUAUGGAACCAUCCACUGUCCUGAAUCACAAUGUUACGGCCUGACUUUAUGUCAUCCUACAUCAGGGGUCUCAAACUCAACUGUACUGGGGGCCGCUGGAGAUAAAGAGUCUGGGCGUGACUGGGCCGCAUCAAGUAUUCAGUCCGGAAUGACGGUUCAACUGAGUGGCUAACUUGUCAACAAACGCCACCGGAAGCUGACACGAGCCCGAGCUGCCGUCGGUCGUAAGUGAUACAAAAUAUAAAACAUAAAUAUCAAAUAUAAUAUUGUGACACUUGAGCUGCACGAGAGAUAGUCAUAAGCACUCGCUUAAAGGAAGUUGUUGUUUUUAUGGUGGCAAGCAGUAGCCAAAGCGGAAAUCACAAUGGAGCUUAUCAAUUCAUCGGAAACGUCAGGAGGUUAUUAUUCAACAUAACACAGUCUGACUGGUGUCAUAAAAGAAAUAACACUAUAACCAUCACACAGCAACUUACCACGCAACAGGUAGAUACCACAUACACACUAAACAUUUACUUUGAGCAGCUAUGUACAAAAAGCUUCUGCAAGGCAUGCUGGAAGCGGACAUCACUCCUGUCGCUGGGAGUGCUUCCAGCUUCCCAGCAAGCUUUUGCGAAACCUGUUUGUGAAAAUUGUAAAAAGUGUGGGACAUAAUUACAAUGACUUUGAUAUCAACUAGCAACUAGUCCUCGUGGCCCGUGGGCCACAAGUUUGAGACCCCUGUCCUACAUGUACCAGGAAGUCGCCUGCAAACAGGUGGACAAACAAACACAAACACGACAAUCUGCUCAUUUUAUUUUCACUUGUUAACAGUGACUUGCUGUAUAUUGUCUCUGAAGCAACACAUCUAAUGGUGGCCUACUUUUACAGGACUGUAUAAGGGUAGGAUCAGAUAGACAGGGCCCCGAUUCAAAAGCAAUAAUCAAAGUAAAACAAUCUUUCUGAGAGCAAACACAACAAUGGAAUUUAGUUUGGUAAAAAGUACAUAUGCAUUUUACCUGGAAAAUAAAAAAUGCCUCAACUUUGGAGGAGCGCAAAGAAGGGAAAAAUAAUUACAAGCUGAAAAGGUUUAACUUUGUUUCGUAUUGUGAUAAAAGUUCCGUGUAAACCAGCCUUCCCUGAUAGUUUUCUAUGGAUAAGAUAGGAGAAAUGAAAGGACCGGUGUGAAGGAUUCAGUAGCGUGAACUUGAUGACUUACUGUUAGUUAAUGAUUAAAUACAGUACAUCCUUCCACAGAUGUGAGUGGCACACACGUAAAAGUGCCUUCCAAAAACGACUACAUAUCACUGGCAUGUCAAAGGUCACUCGACUCAGUUUAGAAAAACCGGUUUAAAUGGAUGCUUAUGUUAGGUUUUGCAUGUGCUUGACUCACAGCUGUGGUUGACUCAGAAUGACCAGAAUCAUCAGUUUUUUUAUUUGUUCUGACCCUAUAAAAGAGGACCCGCGCUAUUUGUAGAUACGAAGGGCUCUUUUUAAGCUAAUUUUACAUAAAUCAGGUCAUGACUAUAAACUUUCCUCCCCCUAAAUCUCACCCACUGUCUCUUUAAUAUGUACACUUUCUUCUAGAACAUUUAUUUUAUAUACAGUAUCAUAGUUAAUUCAACAGAAAAGUUCUCAAGCACUGACAAUGACAGUAAAUACCCAUCGGAUUUACAAAUAAAAUAUUUAUAACCUCUUGUUAAUGAUUUUUAUCAUUUUCUAAUUUUAAAUGGAAAAAAAGCAAGCCAACCGCUUACAUGCACUAAAUGCUGAUGUAUUAUUUCUUAAAUAUAAUGUUGUUUAAUAGACUGUACAAACAUAGAAAUAGUUUUUAUUGUAUGCUUGAUCAAGAAGCUUGUAAAGAAAAGAAAUCUGACGACAUGGCAAUGCACCGUUCUUGGAUACCAAGCUUUAGUCGCGUGCCUUCUGGGCAUGGAUGAAGUAUGUUGGAGGAUGAGUUGAGUCACAUAGUUCUGAUUUGGUUUUUUCCCCUCUCAUCGUAAAACCCAAAUCUAAAUGAUUGAUGUAAGCAUGUGGCCUCAGCGCAGACAUCUGCUUUUGCUCUUUCAAUGUACAGAGUGGAGUGUAACCCAGCAUUGCAUGUAUGGACACAACACCUAAAUAACUUCAAAUAGAGAGAUCAAGUCAAGAGUAACACCAACUAUUGAUUGAUGAUUCAUUGUAGUGCUUCACACCAAGCUCUAUAUUAAAUAAGAAGUCAAACUACACCACAUUAGAUGACUUCAAUACCUGAAAAAUGACAGUGUUUUCUGUAUGUAGCUUUACCACAGCGCAGUGGAACCUGGGUCAAGCUCAAUCCACACUUGUUUGGAUUUAAAAGCAAUUGUUACCAUUGGAGAAAAUAGAAAAUGUUUUGCAUUUGUGAAUGUGUUUCAUGGUCAAGGUGUCACCAUCCCAAAACCUUAGGGAAGGGCAACUACAUUCAUGCAGACUCUGCAUUAUUCUGCUCAGUGCUCAAUUGUCUGGUGUUCCCUCGUUUAUCACUGGGGAUAGGUUCCCAAAAUAGCCCGCAAUAAGUGAAAUCCGCAAAGUAGCCAACUCAAUUUUUUUUUUACGAUUAUUAUUAUUAUUAUUGUUAUUAUAUUCGUUUUAAUGUUGUAAAAGCCCUCGCCAUACACUUUAUACACUUUUCUCAGACAGGCAUGAACAUUUUCUCACAUUUUAAACACUCAAAAUUGCAAUUUUGUUAGAAUUUUAAUGGUCAAUCUACUAGGUUGGACACAAGAAAUGAUUAAGUGACUCACGCGUAUUCACUCCUCUGACCGUGCCUCGUCCUGACGCCAUUCUUUGUGUCCUUGAUAAAACAUAUUGCUCCUGUCGUCGUCCUACUCCUUGAACCGAAGAUUCAUUUAGCCUUUUAUCUUCUUCUUCUAUUGUUUAUUGUCAGUUAGCAAGCAGCUCACACAGUUAACUAGUUAGCUAGUUAUCGGCUAUUGACCACAACAGGAAACGGCACAAAGAAAUUGAUUGACAAGGGUCUAAAGCCAAUCAGGACGCAGAACACAAUGGGCGGGUUCUCCCUUAGCCAAUAAGGACCGUUGUGGCUCUAUAUUUAGCCGGCUAUUGCCUAUUGUGGGUUCCUAAUAUGCUCUACAGGCACGUAAACACACUAAGAGGUGGAGCUGCACUGUCUUCAACUCUCACAUGAGUAUACAACACCCUCUCCUGGUAGCAGUAGCAAAUACAAUAACAGACACAUACAACAGAGCACCGAUAGAUCACUCGAAUACGCCACAAGGACGCAGAACACAAUGCGUGUUCAUAUGCUGUUAAAAAGAAAUAUGCAAAAUAGCACUUUAAAAAAUUGGCGAAAGGUGAACCACGAUGUAGCGAGGGAACACUGUCUAUAAAAAUAUAAUUAAUAAAACAAUAUGACAAUUAAUUGAUGAAAUGCCCAUCCUAUCUGUCAUGAUGUAUGUGUAAAAAUAAGCACUGUAAAUAUUAAUACAGAAAAAUAGUAAAACCCUCAAUCUUAACUGUCAGGAUAAAUGCAUGAUGCGAAAGUAAUUUGCAACACAGACUCUCAUUAUGCGCUCAGAACACUUUUAGUUGUCAUGCAAGCGUAAAGAGAAGUUAUCAACAACCUUUGAUAACAAGCAAGAUUACUUCCUAAUAAGAACAAAGUCGUCUGCCAACAGAGCAACAACAUUUUCGCUAAAAUGCAAUUUUGCUUAUGUCAAAUUGUUUGCCAUGCCAAAUGUUCUUGUUCUGCUGGCAGAUUAGUUUGCUUAUUUUUCAUAAUAUAUUGAAAAUGUUAGAACAUAUUACUUAAUAAAAAAAAAUUGAUCUCAGAAAACAAAUCUUAUUAGUCAAAAGUAAGCAUUUUUGACCUUGAUUGCUUGCUUUAAUAUCCGAUUUUACAGCGUCUUAACGGUUGUUGAGGUUGAAUAAGUGGGAAUGAGUGUUGCAAAAAGAGCCAUAGAGUUGAUCCUAUACUGAAACUUGGACGUUUUGUGCAACUUUAGAGGUAUAUUUUUGCUGGAAAUGUUGUCUCCAACAUAUGACCUUGACUUUCAAGCUUCCACUGUGUGCGAUUCGUAGAGAAAUGUGUGGCAACAAUGCAUCAGAGAUACAAGUCAGUAAAUAUGAAUAGACAGACAGAAAGAUAUAGAAUACAAUCUGCCAGAAUGGACCCAAUGUCUUCACGUGCACGUUUCUGUCCCAAUAGCCAAUCAACAAUGGGAGUUUUUUUUCCUGAAACAGACAGCUGUUGGUAACCUCUGUGACCCUCAUGUGCUAAACCUUUUCAGUCAAAGCAAAGAAGUCCAAUGUCGUUCUUCGGAGCUGCUGUCUGCACAGCUGAGGCCUCAUGUAGGCAUCAUAUAGCCGAGCUCUGUUUGCACACUGAAGUCUGAAAACAGAUGUCAGGGCGGAGGCUUGCUUCAACCCUUACUUCCUUCAAUCCAUACAUGUGGAAUUGUGCAAUAGCUUCAAUCUAAAGAGGGAACUGUACUGUACUGUAUGUCUGUGUGCACAUUUACUUCUGAACAUCCAACACAACCUCAGUGUACAGUAUUUUUUCAAGUAUUUUCCUAAACAUUAGCUUGUGGAGCAUACGCUGAUAAUCAGCACAUUUACUCACCCUACUUUGAUGACCUUCAAAAGAAGUCCACGCACACAUUUAUUCCACCUUGCAAUAAGACCUAGUGUCCCACCCGGUCACACUUUAUUUAAUAAAGUCCAUAAGAAGCAUGCGGUUCUUCCACUCGGAGUGUACAGAGAUGACCCCUAACGAUGACAGAGAAAGAGAGAGCGUGAGAUUAUUAUAUGAAAUCAAAGUAGUGAGUAUUUGGAUGCAAAUACAAAUCUGUAUUCUUAAAUGUGAAUAGGAUCAUGUCUGGCAUGCAUUGUUAAAUAAACAAAUAGAUUGCCAAACAGUC